GAAGCCAGGAGGCGUGUUACUCAAUUAUUCUCCCGCUAUGAGGCCCAUGAUGGGUCUCUCAGGAAACAGAGGAGGGAUCCUGGCGCUGGGAGGAGAAAGAUGGCAGAGACGGAGGCUCAGCUGCUUUUGGGUGUAGGUUUGAUUGAAAAAGAUACCAAUGGAGAUGCUCUGUGGGUUUGGUGUUAUCCUUCUACAACGACUUCAUUCAGAGACCUCUUAUUGAGAAAAUGCUGCCUUACAGAUGAGAAUAAACAGCUUCACACUUUCCUAUUUGGUCAGUACAAACUAACAUGGUUUUAUAUUACAACCAUGGAAAUUCCAGAGGCUUCUACCUUGAAAAGGGUGACCCAUUUUUCCAUUGUUCUGACAACCAAAGACUUCAAUCCGGAAAAGUAUGCAGCCUUCUCUAGGAUUCUCUGUAGAAUAUACCUGAAAUAUAGGACUCCUGUAAAGAUGAUGGAGAGUUAUAUUUCUGUCCUUACAAAGGGGAUUUGUCAGAGUGAAGAAAAUGGUUCUUUCCUAAGCAAAGAUUUUGAUAUCAGAAAAGCUUAUCUUGCAGGCUCAGUCAAAGAUAUAGUGUUUCAGUUUGGAAUGGAAACAGUCAUCCUCUAUACUGCGCUCAUGUUAAAGAAAAGAAUUGUAGUAUAUCAUCCAAGAAUAGAAACUAUCCUUGAAUUUACCAGGGCAUUACCAGCCUUAGUGUGGCACCGACAAGAUUGGUCAAUUCUUCAUUCAUAUGUGCAUCUGAAUGAUGAUGAAUUAGAAGCAUUAAAAAUGUGUCCAGGAUACAUUGCUGGAUGUAUAGAUUCAGAAGUGAACAACAGGAUAGAUCUUUAUGAUGUAUAUGUCAAUCUGGCUGAAAGUGAAAUCACCAUUUCACAUCAGGCAAAAGAGGCCAUGACAAUGGGAAAAUUGCAUAAAGAACUUGGUCAGCUAAUUGUUCAGUCUGCAGAAGAUCCAGAGAAAUCAAACAGUCAAGUUAUAAAGGAUGUUUCAUUGAAGACAAAGGAAAUCUUGACAAAUCUGGCUUCAUUCACAGAAGUCACUCAUGAUGGUGAGAAGCCAUCACUUAACUUAGAAGCACUGAAACAAAAGCGAUUCCCACCAGCAACAGAAAAUUUCCUUUAUCAUUUGGCAGCUGCUGAACAAAUGCUUAAAAUCUGAUGUUGUAAAUAAACAUCAGUGGAAUACUUUAAAAGUACUUUGCUAUAAUACUUAUGUAAAGAAUUCUGUGGAAGGUUGUUGUUGGUUUUUUUAAAAAAAAAUACUUUUCUGGAGAGGAUAAGCAAUGAUACAGGCUUGAAAUUCCAUCAGUGAGCCAUAAAACAUUGACUAUAGCAUACCAUUGUCAGUUCUUCCUUCAAAAGGCCUGAAGACAUGAUGGUUUGAGCUUGCAUUAAGGUGAAAUAUUAAUUGUCAAGCCCAAUCAUGAACACUCUUAGAAUCACACAAAAUAACUAAGCCUUCUUCAGUUUGGCACCUCCCAAGUACUGUGUUGGGAACAUAACACCCAAGAUUCCUAGCAGACUGCCUCUACUCUAGUCAGUCUUAGCACAUCCGUAACUUGCAAAGAAGCUGAAAGUUAGAACUUCAGUUAAAUCAACUAAUACAAGUUACAACAGUUCAUUUAGUGACAGUUCAAAAUUACAAUGGCACUGAAAAAAGUGACUUAACAAUGUUUUUCACUUAACAACCGUUGCAGGAUCCCCGAGGUCACGUGAUCAAAAUUCAGACACUUGGCAACUGACUCAUUGAGUUGCAGUGUCCCAAGGUCAACAUGAUCAUUUUUGUGACCUUCUUACAAGGAAAGUCAGCAGGGAAGCCAGCUUCAUUAACAACCGUGUUACUAACUUAACAAUUGCAGUAAUUCGUUUAAAAACUGUGGCAAGAAAAGUCAUAAAAUGGGGUAAGAUUCACUUAACAAAUGUCUCAGCAACAGAAAUUUUGGGUUCCAUUGCGGUCGUGAGUUGAGGAUAACUUGUACUCUAAACCUAAGAGUUGUAUAUACAGUGUGACUUCCCACAAGCAAUCUCUGGAUGUUUGACAGAUUACAUCUCUCGGUCACUGCCACAUAUUCAAUGUGCCUGCUAGCCAUACCUCACAUAGGUGCACUUUGGGUUUUUAGAAUAAGCAUGUGCAACUUUUGGUGAUGAUGAAUCCUGAUUGAGUUUGGGACUAAAAAUUAAGAAUAGCGAUUCCUGGAUACAUACAUUUCAGUAAAAAAGGAAGCGAUCACCAGGAAAUAAAACACCAAGGUUUUAAUAAAUAAA